AUGGAUGAGUCUGGAAAUAUGGAUCGGCAAAUGAUAAAAGAGCUAUUUGAGCAAGGGUUGAUGGGGGUUGAGAUUCCUUCUGAAUACGGAGGUGCAGGUCUCUCCUUUACCAGUGCUUUGAUUACUGUUGAAGAACUCUCGAAAAUCGAUCCCUCAGUCGGUGCUCUGUGCGAUGUCCACGUAAGAUGA